AGGAAGCGGCAGCACAGGGGAAAAAAGGCACCUCCUCCUCCAUCCCUGAUGAGUUGCAGACUUGAAACAGAAGAGAGCCUCUCUCACGUAGCCAGCAGCUCCCUCUGAGGCCUCCGGCGCUCGGCGUUGCCUGCAGGAAUAGGACGACGGGGAUCCAUUUGCUUUUUUAAAAAAAUUAGGCACAAAAGUCUUGCCCUCUUUUUGGGGGGAGGGAGGAAGAGGAGAGCCAAAGGCGCUUCUGUUUCAGUGGACUUGAAUUUGCCUGGCGUUUUUUGCGUGUGCUCGCUUGCUGGGGGGUGGGGGGGUGGAUACGGACGUGUUGAGCUUUGAAUGCCUUCCUCCAAACAAACUCGACCGCAUGUCUGGAAAAGGGCAGUGAGUUAACUUUAAGCAAACUGCUUGAAUCAAGACAGAUCUGCCAGCAGCUCCACCAUGUCAGAUAGUGACUUUGGGGAGGAGGAUGGGAGCAUAUCUCAGGAUCCACUGCAGUCUGGCAAGAGGAAACGAAGGGGCAAUCUUCCUAAGGAGUCUGUGAAGAUUCUCCGGGAGUGGCUCUAUGAGCACAGAUUCAAUGCAUAUCCAUCUGAACAAGAGAAACUCAGCCUUUCUGGGCAAACAAGCCUCUCUGUUCUUCAGAUCUGUAACUGGUUCAUCAAUGCCAGGCGCAGGCUUCUGCCCGACAUGCUGCUAAAGGAUGGCAAAGAUCCUAACCAGUUCACCAUUUCUCGCCGUGGCGCCAAAGCCAGUGAGGUGGUGCUGUCUCGUGGAGCUGCCCCGGGCUCUGGACUCUUGAUGGUGCCUCCUGCCACCUCCGCUGCCUGCAAGGUGCUUUCUAUGUCAGUGUGCUCCCCCGUGACCUGCCACACUGCCCGACCCCUGGCUGGCAACUUAACUGUGUCGAGGAAUGAGCAGGAGAGCCCUCGGCCCCCGUUCCAGCACGUUGAGCUAGAAUCUCUCCCCAAGCAGCCCCAGCUGAGCGCAACGGGGAACACUCUGGCUCUUCUGACCAGGGCAGAUGCAGCCAGUCCCACGAGUGGACUCUUCAACACGCCGCCACCGACACCGCCUGAGCUCUUUGGAGAGGACUUUAGUAGCUUCCAGUUGCUGGUGGAAGUGGCCCUGCAGAAGGCAGCUGAGCUUGAGUCGCAGAGGCUGAGCGGGGGGCUGCCUCCAUUGCUGCAGAGAGAGGCUUCUACUCCGGCUCUCUCCAGAAAAACCAAGUAGCUUUCUGCAGCCUUUAGCUCCUGUUGAAGGGGUUCGGUUUCUUCUACUUCUUCUUCCAGGGUUUGUUUUCUGUUGGCCUCUGCACUGAGGGUCCUCCCUGUCAGAUGUUAACGCUGUGAUGUGACUUCCUCUCGGCCAGGAGCACAACGGUGGAAGCCUUCUGGGUUGUUUUGGCUCUACGCUGUCAUCUUGGAAGCAAGCGCUUCUGGCUUUUAUACAAAACACGCUCUUUUCCCCUUGGAGGAGGGCAUCCCAUACCACCCUUUGGUUAGCAUUCCACUUUGGAUCUGACCAGCAUCCCUCCUCCUUGCUUAAGCCAUGUGGAGCACGCAGUGUCUGACCAGAGGUGCCUGAAUCACGCACACAAACUGCUCCUUGAAAGGAUCGAGAGGUCUUAACUUGCUCUGACAGAAGAUUGUUGCUGGCUGGUGUUUUAUUACUGUAAUUAUUUUUGCUGAGGAUGAACUUGUGCAGAGGUUCUUCUCUCCCCCCCCCACAUUUUUGAAGCCUGCUGACAUUAUGGAAGACAACAGGAAGAGGGUUCAAUAUGUAAUGGAGAAGAUAAUAAAAAACAAGGACCUUUAUAUGUAAAGAAAGUAAUUAAGGAAAAAUGUCAUGUCUACUCAGAACUUC